GUGGGAGUGUUGCUAGGCCGACUAGGGCUAAAUUUAUCACCAUGAAGUCUGCAGAGCCAAACCUUCGGAUUCCUGCUGUACUUAUGCCUUCCUUCCUUAAGGUUAACAGCACAGAGGAAGGCAAAAGUGCAGAGAAGAGAGUGCGAGUCAACUGUGGAAUCUGCAAGGAAACGCGAUAUUACUCGGUAUACAGAGGAGUGACACGUAUUGCAGGAACCAUUCUGGCAUGUGAGGCCUGUCGUCACUCCUAUCAAAAGUUCAAGAGAAGACCUUGCAUCCUCAAGUGCAACAAGGAGGGCAAAUGCUACGUCUUAGGUGACAAUUCCAAGAGCAGGUGCAAAGCUUGUUGGAUAGCACAUAUACUCAGACUGUGUCCUCUUCCCGCUGAUCUGUACAUCCAUCUUUUAAAACAUCUUCCCGAUGUUAUUAAGGAGCGGAUGGAGUCCACACCGCGGGUAAUGGAUGACAUCCCUGAGGAGGAGAGAGGUGCAAUUGGCCUGGAGAUGCAGAAGGAUGAGACAUGGGAAGACAUCACUGAAAUAGCAGCACCUCAGCAGGAUCCUGUCAAGCAAGAGGAGAAUGAUGACUGCGAGGAUGAUAUGGAUGACGAAACACUGGACGCUUACUUCGAGGCUGAAGAAUCACUCAAUGAAAGUCAGAAUACAAACCCUGGCAGCAGAGUGAAUUCUUUGCACCACACCAACAGCAUAAAGACUGAGGCUGAGCCUGGGAAAUGGUGGACUGGAAGUGAUGGUUUGACGUAUAGUGCAGCAGUAUCUGGUAACACUCAGACGUACUUUAACAUGUCCAACAUGAGCGCUUCGGAUGGUCUAACGCCUCUCACCCCUCUGCAACCUGCAGACACCCUCACCUCCUUUACCGCUCUUGCGCCCAUGACCCCAGUGGAAAUACCCCAUAUACAACACAUUCAAAAUGAGGGAGCGACAUUUUUUGCCAUAAAGCAAGAGAACAGCACCAUGCAAGAUGGAGAGAGUCAGGAAGCCAGACUCUUCCAGAACAUUAGCAUCAAGCAAGAGUACUACCAGCCACUGCAGGAAGUCGGCCUCCAACUCCACACCAGCCCGUACUUCAACCACAACAGCAACACCCCAAUCCGCAUAGAGAUCCUUGACAACCAGCAGGGCGCUCAAGAGACGGUCAGUGAAAGAACUGAAGUGGGAGACUGUGAUGUAGGUUCGCCUUCUGAUAGCAUAGAAUCGAUCCAACCAAAGAAAACUAGGAGGAAGAAGCACAAAGUUAAAGCGGAGGAAAAUGGGACAAAUGCUUUACAGGAUAUAGUGACAGAAGCACCAAAGAGACCAGCCUUAGACUUGGGAUCAGAUAACAUACCUCUCAAGCAGAAGAAGAAGAUAGACCGAUUUGAUGGCAUGCCAGAGGAGGAAGUUGCCAAGAAAUUCCUCCCCGAUCACUUGGGACCAAACAUGGACAUUCUUAUUAUUGGCAUAAAUCCCGGGCUCUUCGCUGCCCACAAGGGUCAUCAUUAUGCAGGACCUGGCAACCAUUUCUGGAAGUGCAUGUACCUGUCAGGCUUGAUCCCCGAGCCCUUCACAGCGUAUGAUGACUUCAGAUUGCUUGACUACGGCAUAGGCUUCACCAACAUAGUGGCUAGAACGACACGGGGCUCAGCCAACCUAACGAGAGAGGAGAUUAAAAAAGGGAGUGAGAUCCUUUUAGCUAAGUUAAAGGAGUACCAGCCACGAAUUGCUGUGUUCAAUGGUAAGGGGAUAUAUGAGAUAUUUUCGGGCAAGAAGCAGUUCAACUUUGGAAAACAGCCAGAGAUGGUUGAUGGAACAAAUACACACAUAUGGGUAAUGCCUUCCUCAUCUGCAAGAUGUGCCCAGCUCCCGAGGGCUUUGGACAAAGUCCCCUUUUACUCCGCACUUCGCAAGUACCGUGACUACCUGAAAGGCAUUAUUCCUGAAGUUAACGAAGAGGAGAUAACUUUUUCACACGUGAGACUAUCCAACCCCAAGACGCCAGUGAAGCAAGAAGUGAAGUUGGAGGAAGAUGACAUAGGAGAACCAAAGAAAACCUUUUGUUCGGAGUCGGCAAAGGCACUCAAGGCCUUUAAGGGAAGUAUUAAGAGUGAGCAAACUGAAUGCGGCAUAAAGUCAGAAAAUCCAUCUUAACAACUUCAUGCUUAGUCCAAAGUAAGUUUUACAGUAUUGAGAGGGUGAACAUGAGCCAUGAGUUUUCUUGCAAGUGUUUUUUCCUUUGGCAAGAGAGGACAUUACAAGAAUUGUGUCUAUAAUGUUCUUUUUUAUUUUAUUUUAUUUAUUUCUUCUUUCUUUCUUUUUCUUUCCCAUAUACCUUACCCUAAUCCUUUUAAAUUUUUCCCAUAGAAUUAAUAUUAAUUUUAUCAACCAGUUGUGCACUUUCUCGCACAUCACUUUUCUAUUUGUCUCUCUCUCUGUAGCAGCUUUGAUUUUCCACUGGAGUGAUUAGCAGAACCUCAUGCUUUGUAACCCCUCAUUGAAGGUAAAUGAGUAACCAUGUGUAGGGAUCAAUUAUGAACUACGUAGCUUUAAUGAGACCUGUCACUAAUGGGCACGGGUCUAUGCAGGACCUAUAUACCUGUUUUUUUCCCUUUGUGAGGGAGACUUAAAAGUACCUUUUAUUAUUCUUCAUCUUCUGUGUACAACCUAUUAGUAAUCUCAGAAAAUAUGCCAGUGCACAAAGAUAUUGAUAAAAGGGUCACUGUUGGGAGAGAAAGAGGAGGACGGCUGUAUGGACCAUCUCUUGUCCUCUUGCCCGUUUGUAAUUUUUCUUUCUUUCGUUUUUAACCCAUUAACGGGAGUAUAUUUUGAAGCCAAAAAUAAAAUAUUCCGGGGGGCUACAAAAUCGGCGCCUGACUCUGCUGCGGCCCGCUGCUGUGUCGGAGCGCGAGCCCCAAUGCAGAGUCACACUGGUGGGACGCACGGCAAUGUUUAUUUUUUCGUUAGUGGGUUAAAUUUAGAUUUCCAGUUCCUCUUUUUUUGAGAGAACCUCCUCUUCCUUCCCUUCCUCCUUUUUCCCCCUCCAAAAUUCUGAGAUAUGCAUGCAUAUGCAUUAAAACAAGAAAGGAGGGGGUUAAAAUUGCUUGAUAUACCCAUCAUUGAUACAAAAUGUUUGAAGAUCCAGGGUGACUGAUAGAUGGAUGUGUUAUAUUCUCUUUAGGGCUAAUAUGACAAAGAAUGUAGUCAUUAAAAAAUUAUUGGUUGAUAAGAGAAGUAUUUAUAGCUUCUAGGUUGAAGCUGUUGAUGGAAUGGGUAGGAUGAGUUUGGGCAGAUUGUGGGCGAAUUCUCCAUGAAUAAUUAUGAUUUGUGUAUGUGUAUAUCUUGUGAGUAUAUGCUAUAGUAGUUUAUAAAAAAGUUUUUUUUUUUUUUUUUUUUUAUAGAGAGUUCAGUGAACUUGGUGUUGUGUAUGUCAUUAGUAUUUUAUUUAUUUAUCAUAACAAGUUCUUGUGAUGAAAGCAAGAAGAGGCCAUUAAAUGAUAGAUUUUUAGAAAAAGGGUUACAAAUAAGUGCAAUUAAUUGAAUAGAAUAAGAUUUAAAAUUUUGUAUUG